CCUGUUCAGUUUAGUGAAAAAAUUUAUAAUAAUUUUCUAUUUUAAAAUGACAAUGUUUGCAAAAUCAAUUAAAGCGUUUUGUAAUUCUCGCUCCUUAUUAUAUAGCAGAUCAAUACAUGUUACAAAAGCUUUAAAUCUCUAUUCGCCAACUGCACUUGGCAUUGAUGGUUAUCUUCAAUCUCGAAAAAGGGUGAAGGAUCAAUUUUUUAAUUUUACUGAUACCUUUAGGGCCAAAAUGAGGGAUUUUGUUUCGGAACCUAAACAUAUGAUAUUUACAGAAGAUUUAAAAAAUAUGGUUCACAUGGCUGAACCAACAGAUUUGGAUCUUGUGUUAAAUAUGAUUAAAAAGUUCAAUAAUCAAAAUGUAGAAUUUAGGUUUGGUUCAUUUAUAUUUGGUCCAGUAGUGAUGAGAAUGUUUCAUUUCUUGGAUGCGCCCAAUGAAGCAUUAAAGUCCUUUGAAGAUCCAGAAAACAGUGGUUUCUAUGACCAACUAGUCUCAUAUCAGAUAUUACUUGACCUACUGUAUAACCAUGAAAUGUUUGAUGAGAUGUACAGGGUGUUUGAAAAAGUGCAAGAAAAACAGUUGAAUAUGACGAAGUUCCCUAAGUACCCUGUGAUACUUGUUUUAGCUGCCUGUUAUAAACAAAAUACACCAAAAAGUUUGGAAUAUGCAACAAAAAUAUGGACAGAAAUGACAAGUGUUGGGACUGUGCCGGUCAGAAGAGCUGCCACAUUAUUUGCAGCGCUGGCAUUAAAUCAGGGAGCCCCACAUAUCGCAUUGGAGAGUAUAUCAAUGCAAAAACCACAUUAUGUGACUAUUAGAAAUAUUAAGGCAAUCGCUUUAGCAGAAAUGGGAAGAGUUGAUGACGCUUUGCCGAUUUUGAGAGCUGUAAUGGAUGUAGAUUUGCCAGAACAAAAUCACAAACAUACAUUCUUUGAAGAAACUAUAUCGAAGGUGAGAAGUUGUGUUGAGAAAACGGAAAAUAAAGAUGUACAAAAGGAGUUUGCAAAUAUUGAAAAGGCACUUAGAGAUAGAGACCUUAUAGAUAGUCAGACGUUAGAUUCGCUGGUGACGUCAGAGAUAAAUUUAACCACCAAGAACCCGAGGAAGCCACAAGGCAUGCCACAGAUGCCUUACAGUAUGAGAAAAAACAAACAGAACACAAGAGAAAAUAUGGUGUGAUUAAUAUUCAGUUUUUACACAUCCACUGAUUACUACAAAAUGUUUAGAAGACUCGUAAAUUUGUUCAGUUUUUUGUCACUUUAUUUAAAAGUGUGAAAAUUUAAAAGUGUAAAUGUAAUUAGAAUUUAUGUAAUGUGUCAUGUUGAAAUGAGUAAUCUAUAUGUAGAAGGGAACUUUGCAAAGUGGUCCGAGUAAUAAAAGAUAAUGAGUAAUAAAACACUACAGACUAUGAAAUAAAAUUCAAUAAAAUCACUGGAACAAUGUUUGAUAGACAUCAGAAAAUAAUGUGUACAAAAUGUAGUGUAAUAUAAAUUGAUUAAAAAAUUA